AUGAAGAUCCCUGAAAGUGCCGCGUCCCCGUCGCGCGAGAACUACUCGGCCAUCCUCUGGUUCGGCGUUGCAGGGCUCGUUCUGCUCAAAGCACUCUACAAUAUAAUAUUGUAUCCCUACCUGCUGUCUCCUCUCAGGAAAGUUCCGGGUCCUCCAUUGGGAAAUCCUCUGACGGGAGUCUUCCUGACAAUUGCCAAGUCUGAGCCUGGCAUUAUCCAGCGUAACUGGGUAGAGAGCUAUGGCCCGACCGUUCGGGCUGUGGGACCGGUGGGCGUAGAGCGAGUCCUCCUUGUGAAACCUGAGAUUCUAGAGAAGGUGCUAGUCAGUGGAUGGUUGGAUUGCCCCAGGCCCGACUUCAUGAAGAACAUCCUUGGGAUGGUCGCUGGAUGGGGCCUCUUAACAGUUACUGGCGACGAACAUAAGGCCAUGAGGAAGGUUUUGAACCCUGCGUUCUCCAUUCCGAGCCUCACAGCUCAGACGGAAAUGUACUACGGCCCAAUCGAGAUACUCAUCAGGACGCUAAAGUCACAAAUUCAAGACAAAGGUCCAGAGCACGAGGGUACCGUGUUUCAUAUGUACGACUGGAUGAGCAAAGUAACCUUGGACAUCAUCUGCGAGACCGCCUUCGGCUACAAAUGCAACUCAUUGCUUGAUCCCCACAACGAACUGGCGGUAGCCUACGAAGAGUUGAUCAACCUCCAGUCCGGGGAGAACCUCGCUAGACUGCUCGUCUUCAUUAACCUCCCCGGAGCACCAGCUCUGCUCCGGACCAACUGGGCUUACGAGCAUCGGCAUUGGUUCGACAGAACCCCAGUAACCAAACCCCUGUCGACGAUGCUGGAUUCCGCACGGAGAAUACGAACCAUAUGUGCCCAGAUACUCGCGUCCAGUAUCGCCGAGUCAUCCGGCGUCGGCGCGUCCGACACGGCGAGCAAGAAAGACAUCAUGUCGCUGCUCCUCAGAGCGAGAGCGACGGAAGAUAUGAAAGAGCCGGGACAAGUCAGAUCGGGUGCUUACCGCAUGGGAGAUGACGAGUUGAUCGAGCAGAUGCUCACCUUCUUAGGAGCCGGUCAUGAAACCACGGCAUCUGGACUUGCCUGGACACUAUGGCUCCUGGCGUGUAACCAGGAAGCACAGCACAAACUGCGGGCAGAAGUUUCUGAGAUCAUCUCUGCGAAUCCCAGGCCGGACUACAAGACAUUGAAGGAGCUGUCGUAUCUCAAUUGCGUCGUUCAAGAAGGUCUACGAGUGCUACCGCCGGUCCCCGUGACAUACCGCAAAGCCGGAAAAGACAUAUGGUUAGACGGCGUUCGCGUGCCAAAGGGCACUCUCUUCUCUCUGCCUAUCAGAGCGAUCAAUACCUGGAAGGCGGUCUGGGGUGACGACGCCGAAGAAUUCCGCCCGGAACGCUGGCUUAACCUACCCCCGACCUACCACCCUACGUUCUCCACCCUCACAUUCCUGGCAGGACCUCAUGCAUGCAUCGGGAAGACUAUGGCUAUAAUGGAGAUGAAGGCUAUCCUCGCUGUGCUUAUCGCCAAUUUUGAAUUCUAUCCCGCAUACGAAGGGCAGAAGGCCAAGCCGACAGCCACGGUCACUAUGAAACCGGAAGAUGCGAUGCCUCUCCGGGUGAAGCCCGUCAGUCGUUAA